AAGUAACAUGGCUUUGAAUAAAAGGGUGUGUGAUAUUGUUUUAACGUCCAAUAACAAUCUGUGAUUGUGAAAUAAUCUGCUUUUUAAAAAUUUCAUCUUUUCUAUAUGGGAGCAAAAGGUUGAGCACUUUAAAAAAUUAGAAACAUCAAAAUGAGUCAACUUUUUACAUCUCUCAAAAAUGAUGACACCACUGUUUUUAGCCAAGUGUUUAAAUUAAAGUUUAGUGAUUGUGUUGGAGUAGAUUGGAGAACUCUUGGACGUUGGUUAAAUAUUGAAGAAAACUAUUUAGACAUGAUUGAUAAAGAUAAUAGUAAAAGUGGUGAGAAAGCAUAUUCAAUGCUAACUAAAUGGUUACAAAUGAAUUGCAAUCCAACACUCGAUGAGUUGAAAACAGCUUUAAAAGAAAUGAAAAGAAUGGAUCUAGUAAGAAUGGUAGAUGAAUUCACAAACACUGCAAAUUCACCAGAAAUACCUUCAGGAUUCUCUGCCAAUAAAGAUUUGUCAAGAAUGUCUGCUGAACUUAAACAAUUUUAUCUUAAAUAUUAUGGGAAAAUUAGUGAACUUCAACUACUAUUAAAAGCACCUGCAAAUGUUGAUCUAAUGAAUAAAUUCGUUGAUCUAUGUAUUGUUGAUGCAGCGAAGCCACAAAUGGAUGCUGUUUUUAGUGUUGAACGAAAAGAAUUUCUUGAAAAGCAAAUGCGUUAUACACCAAUUCCAUAUAGUGAACUAUUUAUGAACGAAAAAUCGGUAAUAUUAGUAUCUGGAAUUGCUGGUAUUGGGAAAACAUGGUUGCUUAGAAAAUGUUUGCUUGAUUGGUCAAAUGAUUUAAUUUGGAAAAAUGUUGAACUUGUUUUUUAUUUAGAAUGCAGGAGGAUUAAUCAAUAUGAAAAUAUUUUUAGUAUAAAUGAUUUACUAAGCGUUUUCUACAAAGAUAUUAUAAGUAACUUAAAUAUUAGUAUUACCACUGCACUGUUUCUAAUUGAUGGGUUAGAUGAGUUUAAAUAUUUCAAUGAGUUAUCAAAUCCAAAUUUAAAAUGUAAAUAUCCAAUUGUUAAUGUUUUAGCAGAAAUUCAAAACUAUAAACAUUUAGUUGCUGGUAGAGUUUAUGCAAUUGAUCAAUACCAAAGUAUUUAUAAAGAUCAUAGUGAUAUGUUAACCAUUCAAAUAAUGGGGUUUAACAAAAAUGGAAUAGCGAAUUAUGUAGAAAAUCAUGUUAAGGAAGAAAAAAAAGGAAUUGUAAAUGCAACUUUAAAGGAAUCUCCAAUUGCAAAAGCUAUGGCAUCUGUUCCUUUUUAUUUAUCUUCUAUGUGUAAAAUUAUCAGUGAUUCAAAAGAAAUAAGUACAAUAUCUUUCUUAACAAUGACAGAUUUGUAUGCAAACAUUUUUUUAUACUUUUUACAAAAACACAUCAUUAAAAACAAUGAAAUGAUUUAUCAGAUAAUGGAAAACGAUUCUAAUAAAACAUAUAUUUUAAAUAUUUGUAAAAUUGCAUAUGAAUUGUUUGUUGUAAAUAAAAUAAUUUUUUCAAAAGAAGAGCUUCAAACUUUUAUUGGUGACUUUGAUAAAAAUGAAUAUUUUUUUGGAUUUAUAGAAAGGAUUGAAACGAUUCUGGGAUGUUAUUAUCAGUUUGCACAUUUGACAAUAAUGGAAUUUUGUGCAUCUGUAUAUGCUUAUAAUUGUUUAAGUAGUGAUGAAAUUAUGACCAAUGAAAAGCUGAAGAGUUGUUUAUCAAUGAUUUGUGGAUUAUCUAAUGCUAGUCAAAAUAGUUUAUUAAAGUUUCUUGUUAAUCUGAAUCCUUCAAAAAGUCCCUAUAAAAAGUUUAUUCAAUUUAUAAUGAAUCUAUUCAAGAAUCCUUCAAUAAAGUCCAAUGAAAAAUCUAUCUUUUUGUAUUCUAUUUUGGAUCGUCUAUCUAAAAGUCUUAGUUUUUCUUCUGAUGAUUUCAAUUUUUUACGAAUGUUUUUACGAAAGUCAAUCGUCAUUCACUGAUGAAAUAAAAUUAAUUGUUGAUGAACAAAAUAAACAAUGGGGGAUUUCGAUUAACGAUGGAAAAACUUCUUACGCAACUUCUUGCGAUAAUUAUUUCGUAAAUUAUUACAUAAAAUCUGGAAGAAAGUUAAAGUGGUUACAUGUUAAUAAAAAUAUUUUAAGUGAUGAAGAAAAAAAUCUUUUAAUUCGAUGUUCAACUAAUGUUCGCGAUGUCUGGUUUAAUCGCCAAAUUAAUUUCGAAGGAUGGAAACCGAAAGAUAAGAUUAAAGAGUUGUGGAUAUGGAUCUCAGAUUAUUUAAUAACAAAAAAAGAUUUUGAAGAAAAUUUUCUUCCUUGGAUUAAUCUUUGUGAAAAAUUAGAUCUUUCACUUUACGACGACAUUGAUUUCAUUAAAGACAUUUGUGAAUGGAUUCGUUGUUCAAACAUCAAGAAGUUUAAGAUCUUGUACCGUGGAAAAUAUUUUCGUAACCUCGAUGAAUUAACUUUAUAACGCAGAAAAAUGUUUAAUAUUUUAAAUAUAUAAAAUAAAAACAAUAAUUA